CAAACCACUAAACUGCGGCCUCCAAUCUGUUUGAUAUCUACUGCAGAGAUAGCUGGUGUUUAUUUACUGAUUUUUUGGUGGAAAAAAAAGGAGAACUGUUUCUAUAGGAGCUUUCAAAUACUUGAUUCUCACUCUGUCUCUCUCUGUACUUCUUUUCAUUGUUUUUUUCCCGAUAGAUCUGAGUUUUUGGUUGUAUGUUCGGAUUGAAAAAGGCCUUCAUAAUCCCAGGCGAGCUUAGAGCAUUCGUAAAACAGUGGCGGUGCUUGACCUGAUUCAUGGGAGGCCGAUACUAAUUCUUGCUGAGAGUUUCGCUGAUGAUGCAUCUUUUGUUUACCGUUCAGAUGCGUUUAUUAGUAACUCUCCGCACAUUCGAAAACUCGUCUCUGUUUUAGAUCUUCCGGUCACCGCCGGCGAUUCUUUUAUUUGCUUAGUUUGACUGGGUUUAUCUUAUUUCGACGGGGGGUUUGCGAGAAUCCCUUACUUGGAAAAUUUCGGAGCGAGCAAAAGAAUCGACAAUGCUUGUAAGAUCCGGAGUAAACGUCGGAAAUCAAAGGCCUUUUAUUCCCUUGAAGGCGUCGAGGUGAUUCCUUCGCCGGAGCAACUCCGCCGGACGGGGGAUUGUGAAGGAGGUUUGAAGUUCUCAUAUUCCAUUGCCUUUGGGAGCGGCGUUGCUGCCUUUACCUAUUGGGACUGGCCAUGAGACGUACAUUCAAUUUUUUUUUUACUUCCAUUCUAAAAAAAUUAUGUUUUCAUAAAAUAAAAUCCUAAAUACCUCUUAAUUACGACUUAUAAAUCUAUUAUCCUCUUAUGUUAUCAGUUUACACUUGAUCAAUUAUGUACUCAAUCAGUAUCAAUCCCCCCAAUGCAAAUGUAUUAAUGUUUGUCUAAUAUGCUGAUAGAUAUAUGGUUAUGUGUAAUUAGUGAUUUUUGGACUAUGUUGGAUUAGUAAUUUGGAUUAGAACGACCAAUUAGUUAGUAUUGUCAUAACAUCUUCAAAAUUCUUUUAGUUAGUUGAUUGAAACUCAUGGAACAUUAAUUCAUCGGGUGUCAACCUCAAUACAUGUUCUUAUCACAUUUUGCAAACCUAUAUUACUGUAAAUAGUCACUCGGGCUCGAUCAUUGCGACUCCUCUUUGUGAAGAUGCACCCCUUCUUCUGAAAUGACUGGGCCACUAUCUCGAGCUCCUUAGAAAGAGUUGUGUCGCACCCUUAUCAGAAACUUGAAUGAAACUCAUUUUGGGACCAUGGUUCCAUAUGUAGCUUCCAAUGCUCAAUAUUAAUGCAUAAUUACAUUCCCCUCCCGGAUCAAAAUGUUUACAAGAUAGUAAUAACUCACUCUAGAGAUCCAAUCGGAGGGUGAAAAAUAGACCCAAACUCUCCAACUUCUGCCUGCUACUUUGGAAAAAAAAAUGAGCGUCUUCCCCAACUCAUCAAAAACAACUCCCCGACCAACUACUAAAACCCUAAUACAUGCAAUGCAAACCCAACCCUAUCAUAUAUAUACAAGAAAAGCUUCCCCAUUUCCCAGCCAAAACACCCCUCACCGGCUUAGUUCCCCCUGAGACGACGAGCCCGGUGUCUCCUCCGCGGCUUCAUGGUGGUGCGGCUGAGGAGGAGGAAGAGGUGGUGGUUGUGGCAGCGGCGGCGGCUGGUGAUGUUGGGCAGCAAAGGUGGGAACCGGCGCUGGAUGUGCUAUGAAUGUAGGUAUGUUGUCUCCAGGCAUCAACACCGAUACCCCAUUUGCAUAUAUCGUCAUCUACCAUUAACAAACAAUUGGUAAACAAAGAUAAAAUAGAUUAUGUUCAAAAAGGGCAACUGCUUAAUAGUAAUUAGUAAAGCACUCCAUAGAUAAACCACAUCAAUGUUAAUUAGGGUUCUUUCUACUCAACUUUAAGUGGCCCCAUUUCAAAUCAAGAUAAAAAAAAGAAAGCUCUUUUGUGGUACUUUUGUUUGUGGAGCCAUAAGUGUAUCUCAACUAUCAAAGAAAGCAUAAUAAAUUCAACUUCUCGAGGGAAAUUAAUUACCUAAUUGAUC